GGGGGGGGGACAAUCUUCAGAAUUACCAAAUUUUUAAUGUUUAUAUGUAUAUGUAUUUAUCGUAUUUACUCAAAUAUCACCCUCAAAUAAUUACCCCCCCUCCCCGCCAGAGGUUUACCUUACCUCUAUUAAUUAACCCCUCUAGUGAAAAAUAAAUUGCCCAGGGUAAUUAUUUGAGUAAAUACGCCUGCUUUCAUUUUAUUUAUUUUCUUUUAGUUCUAAUUUUGUAAUUUGUUUGUUAUUUAAUUUUUUAGAGGUCUUUUUUAUUUUGUCGUUUAGAUAAAGAUUUAUUUAAUGGAAAAUCCAUCUAAUAAUAAAAUUCGAUUUAUUCCAAUUAAAACUUCAAAUGCAGCAGAAGACCCACUAUCAUCAAAGGAGGAAGAGAAACAUGACAUGUCCGAAGACGAUCCGGAAUUUUUGCCGGAAAUGUCAAAUAGCCAGAAAAAACGCCAAUCAUACCCAAUAGAUGUUAAAUUAGAAGUAAUUGAAUACGCAAAGAAAACUUCGAGACAUGCUGCUGCAAGACAUUUUGGAAUUAGUCGUAAAUGUAUCUCUCAGUGGGUUGCUGUAGAAGAGAGACUUAGAGAAUUUAAAAAUGUGACUGCAAAAGGGGCAAAAUUGCGGCUUCCUGGUGCUGGGCGUCGGGUGCAAAAGCCUGAAACCGAUGAAGGCGAAAAAGUAAGGAGUACUUUCAUUUUGGUAAUAUUGGUGGCACGCGGACGUGUCGGUACGGACAUAUCGGGAUAUUUCAAUGUACGAACAGUUAUCCUACUGAUUUCAAGACCUACGGCCACUGGGUCUUGGAUAAUAUAAUAUAUUGUCCUGCUGAGGAAUAGAGUUUUUGUUUUAGAACAAAUGUAAACACGCAAAAAAUUAUUUUUGUCACUAUAAUCCCGAUAUGUCCGCACGCCAAAUUUGGUAACGUACAAUCAUACUUCUGAGCAUGUUUCGGAAAAUUUUCUUGUAGAAAAUACUUUCAAUUCUUAUGAACUAAUAAAUAUCCUUAAAUGUGUUGCCUCUUUUUAAAUGCUCGGGUGUUUUAUUUGUUAGAUACCUUUCUAUGUCACCUCUUUUUUUUUCCCGACUACAUCACUUAUGCCUCUCCAAACUAAACAGCCAGCUAAUAAAAUACUCCCGCGUCGCGGUCCGAUGACGGAUGUAUAUUUUUCUCGAACAUUUUGUCAUUUCUCCUCGCUGUUUUAUAUAUUCUCUCUUACUUGUGUCUUUCUCACAUUCCUUUUUAUUUCUUGCUAAAGUCAUAUAUUGUGUGUUUACCUAACAAUCGACAAUUCCCCACUCUUGUCGGCUUUGUCAUUUUAUUUUUAACAUGAAACAGAUUUUUGUGUACAUACAUACAUAUUUCUAUUUUAUUAAAACCCUUCUCAGAUGACUCCCUUCAAAUUUUAAGUGGGGAGGACCGUUUAUAUUUUAUUUUUUCACCAUAUUAUACCGUCACUUUAACCUAAAUUUACUUUAUUUCUUAUGGUACUUUUCAUUUAUGCCACACCCGCCUAAAUUAAUGCUCAAA